AUGGACGGCGGCGGAGAUCCAGAGAGACAGCAGGCGCUGCAGCAAUACAAAGACAAGCUUCUGGAAUCGAGAGAGUGGGAGGCAAAGCUCAAGGCCCUACGGCUGGAUAUCAAGGGACUACAGACAGACUUCGAUCAUACAGAAGACUCAAUAAAGGCACUGCAGAGCGUUGGUCAGAUCAUUGGCGAGGUUCUGAAGCAACUUGACGAAGAGCGUUUCAUCGUGAAAGCGUCAUCAGGGCCGAGGUAUGUUGUCGGCUGCCGGUCAAAAGUCGAUAAGGCCAAACUGAAGCAAGGCACCCGCGUGGCGCUCGACAUGACUACCCUCACAAUCAUGCGCAUGCUACCAAGAGAAGUCGAUCCACUCGUCUACAACAUGUCGCUCGAGGAUCCCGGACAAGUAUCAUUCGCUGGCAUUGGUGGUCUCAACGACCAGAUCCGAGAGCUGAGAGAGGUCAUCGAGUUACCACUCAAGAACCCAGAGCUCUUCCUGCGGGUUGGCAUCAAGCCGCCGAAGGGCGUACUUCUAUACGGUCCUCCAGGUACCGGCAAGACACUCCUCGCUCGAGCGGUCGCCAGCAGUCUUGACACAAACUUUCUGAAAGUCGUGUCAUCUGCUAUUGUUGACAAGUACAUCGGCGAGUCGGCUCGCCUUAUUCGGGAGAUGUUCGGCUAUGCCAAAGAACACGAGCCGUGUAUCAUAUUCAUGGACGAGAUCGAUGCUAUCGGCGGGCGCAGAUUCAGCGAAGGCACAUCGGCAGAUCGAGAAAUUCAGAGAACGCUGAUGGAACUGCUCAAUCAGUUGGACGGUUUCGACUAUCUAGGCAAGACGAAGAUCAUUAUGGCUACCAACAGACCCGACACACUCGAUCCUGCAUUGCUACGUGCUGGUCGACUGGACCGCAAGAUUGAGAUUCCUUUGCCGAACGAGGCGGGUCGAUUAGAGGUCUUGAAAAUUCAUGCCGCCGGUGUGGUCACAGAGGGUGAUAUCGAUUUCGAGAGCGUUGUGAAAAUGAGCGACGGACUGAAUGGUGCCGAUCUGAGGAAUGUGGUGACCGAAGCUGGCCUGUUCGCGAUCAAGGAUUACCGGGACGCCGUCAACCAGGACGACUUCAACAAGGCGGUGCGGAAAGUUGCGGAGUCGAAGAAACUGGAGGGCAAGCUUGAGUACCAGAAGCUGUAG